GACUGCGGCGUGUUUGUCGUUGAGGUUUGCUCCAGGGCACUAAGUGAACCGGCGGGGAGGCGCUCGGUGUCAUCUGUGUGCUGGUGAGACACGCAACGCUGCCAGUCCCUUUCAACACGGCGACACUGACUUGCAUCUGCUCUCGCCAUGUACCGGUACCUAGGAGAGCUACUGGCUCGUGGGGCCGUCGCCUCCUUGACGCCCGCUUCUGAAGGAUGUGUGCAGCGCCUGGGCGGCCCGGCAGCCUUGCUCCAGUGCCGGCGUUACUCCAGCGAACCGGCGGCGGCCACCCAGUCGGAUGACCCCAACUUCUUCACCAUGGUGGAAGGCUUCUUCGAUCGCGGGGCGAAGAUCGUGGAGGACAAGUUGGUGGAGGACUUGCGGACCCGCGAGUCCGACGAGCAGAAACACAAGAGGGUGCGGGGCAUCCUGAAGAUCAUCAAACCUUGCAACCACGUCCUGUCCAUCUCCUUCCCCAUCAAGAGGGACAAUGGCGAGUGGGAAAUGAUCGAGGGCUACCGAGCUCAGCACAGCCAACACCGGAUGCCUUGCAAAGGAGGUAUCCGUUACAGUACAGAUGUCUGUGUGGAUGAAGUGAAAGCUCUGGCCUCUUUGAUGACAUACAAAUGUGCAGUGGUUGAUGUACCCUUCGGUGGGGCUAAAGCCGGAGUGAAAAUUAAUCCGAAGAUGUACUCAGAUUCCGAAUUAGAAAAAAUCACAAGAAGAUUUACUAUUGAGCUGGCAAAAAAAGGAUUUAUUGGACCUGGUAUUGACGUGCCAGCCCCUGACAUGAGCACAGGUGAGCGAGAGAUGUCUUGGAUUGCUGAUACUUUCGCCACAACAAUGGGACACCAGGAUAUAAAUGCUCAUGCCUGUGUGACUGGUAAACCCAUCAGCCAAGGUGGCAUCCAUGGGCGAAUUUCAGCUACAGGACGUGGAGUAUUCCAUGGGAUUGAGAACUUUAUUAAUGAAGCAUCUUACAUGAGUGUCCUUGGAAUGACCCCAGGCUUUGGAGACAAAACUUUCGUCAUUCAGGGAUUUGGUAAUGUAGGGAUGCACUCCAUGAGGUACUUGCAUCGCUAUGGAGCAAAGUGCAUAGGUGUUGGUGAGUUGGAUGGGUCCAUUUGGAACGAGAAUGGAAUAGAUCCCAAGGAAUUAGAGGAUUACAAACUGGCAAAUGGAUCUAUAGUUGGCUUCCCCAAAGCUCGGCCAUAUGACGGCAAUAUCUUGGAGUCAGAAUGUGACAUUCUCAUCCCUGCAGCCGGUGAGAAGCAGCUAACAAAACUCAACGCACAGAAAGUUAAAGCAAAGAUUAUUGCCGAAGGUGCUAAUGGGCCAAUAACUCCAGAAGCUGACAAGAUCUUCAUGGAAAGGAACAUCAUGGUUAUUCCAGAUCUAUUCUUGAAUGCUGGUGGUGUCACUGUUUCCUACUUUGAGUGGCUGAAAAAUUUGAACCAUGUCAGCUAUGGCCGGCUGACCUUCAAAUAUGAGAGAGACUCCAACUACCACCUGCUAAUGUCCGUCCAGGAAAGCUUAGAGAGGAAGUUUGGCAAGCAUGGUGGGACAAUACCAGUUGUACCCACAGCAGAAUUCCAAGCCAGAAUAGCAGGUGCCUCUGAGAAGGAUAUUGUCCAUUCUGGUCUAGCAUAUACCAUGGAGCGCUCAGCAAAGCAAAUUAUGCGGACAGCAAUGAAAUAUAACCUGGGCCUGGAUUUGAGAACAGCUGCGUAUGUCAAUGCCAUCGAGAAAGUCUUCAAAGUGUAUAACGAAGCUGGUCUGACCUUCACAUAGAGUGGACGCCAUCUGUCCUCGUCAAACCUAGCUUCCCCUCUCCCAGCCUGACAUAUCAAACGUUUACAUAUGUCUUUUGUUGCUUUUUUUCUUUUUUGCCUCCUAAACCAUUGGAACACUAAUUCUCCAAUAGAAGCUGCCAGAAUUAGUCAAUAGCUUGAAUAAUCAAAGUAAUCCUAGUAUCAUAAUUAAGGCUUACAGAAAAUCUCUACAUUCUCACACUGCUGGCAAGUGGGAGCCAUGUUGCAUUUACUGAACAAGGAAUUUAGUUUUUUUUGUGGCAUCCACCUAGGUAACAAAGCAUUUCUGCAGAGUCAUUACAUGAACUAAAAUUCUUAAUGAUGAGGGUGGAAAACUGUUUGUGUUCUGGGAAUACUAUCUUUUUGCAGAUAAUCUCCUCCCUGAAUGGAUUUUUGCCAAAGGUGUGGCAGUCCACUUUCUGAAUUUGUCUAUUGCAAAGAUCCUCAAGGUAUUGGUGGUACAACUACCACAUUAGUACUGGAGCCCAAUGUGUAUGACGAAAAUGAACAAUAUUGUGUGCAGCAAUAUUUACACAAAUGGAUUUUUAAUUGUAUACUAAUAAUUGUUAUUUAGGCAGAAUUAUUUUUAUAACAGGGGGAUGCAACAUUUUGGGUGGUGUCCAACUUCUCAAGAACUAAAGUUAACCGGAUCCCCCUUUCUAAUUGUUCACUGAUUGACCUCUGGACUUUUGGUGGUUAGGAUAACACUCUAUUGUAAUGCCUGAAUAACUCACCAACAUUUAAUUUGGUGAUUUGCACAUGAAGAGUGAGAGUUUUGAGUUUAGUUUCCCCUGAUUGAUCAUUUGGAUGAAUUGGCUAGCAGGAGGAGGAUGUGCCAACUAAUGUCAACAUUUAAGUUAAGGACCUGAUUCCCCAAAUACAAGUUAGUUGCAUUUUAAGAGAUAAUAUUGUGUUUAUUUAAAUGGGGCUACUUUGUGAAUCUAGCCAAAGAAGACCAGAAGUGAAGAUGGAAGAGUGUAAAAAUAAUUUACAGGGAAGUAAUUCCCAGUGUAAAAUUUCUUUAACUGCCUUGAUUUUCUUCACCUUAAGAGCCCCCCCCCCCCACCACUUAGAAAUAUAUGCCAACUUACUUUGAUUUUUGUUAGUUACAGCACGGCCAUCUUUCUGCUUUAAGAUAAUUGAUAAGCCCUCCUGGAAUGGGUUAUUACUAGCACUGCGGCUAGAGCACCUGUGUGCCUGGGGAGUUGGUCCAGCACAUUAACAUUCCUUGGGGAAGAGGGCAGUAUGCAGAAAGCAAACAAAAGGUGGCUAUUGUGACAUUGAAGCAGUUUGUAUGUUGCAGAUAUGCUUCCCUCUUCUGUUAACAGCCAAAACAUCUAAACCUACACCCCAGACUAUCACAGAAGCAGCACAUUCACUAGUAAAUCUAUCACUGGUUGAUCCUUUAGAGUUCCCAUUCGAAGCUGAAAAACGUACCCAAGUUUUUCAGUUUGUAUUUGAAGUAGGACUUGGCUAUACUCCGUUUUGCAUUUUCCCAUUUAGUUUGGAGGCAAGACAUGACUCCCUCACCUUGUGCAGCUAUUAGAACAGUGAGGGCCUUCAAUUCUGUAAGCCUUGUUGGAAGCCAAGUAAUAUCAAUGUCUUUUUAUAACGUAACCUACAAUCUCGCCUCAAGUUGUCUAAAUGGAUGUGAAAGUUUUUAUAUAGGAAAUCCUUAAACUAUAACCAGAUAUCUGUCUAGUGAACUCUGUAGACUAAAUUUGUCUUCAGCUUCAUUACAGGAAGGCAAAGUCAUAUAUGCCAUUGCAUCUUAUGGCUGACUUUACAUAGGAACGUCCAUUGUAGUGCCCUGUAUCUUGAUGUUUUCUUGCAGAUUACACAGGCAAACUGAUCUUGCAGUUUUGCCUGUUACAUUUGCUACAAUGCACUUUUCACAACAGUAACUAGGUUGCUCUGAGCUGCUCGGAUCCAUUUUGUAAGAUGAGUUGCUUGAAAACUGCAGGACAAUGGUGAUGCUACCAUUUUCUGUUGAGUUUUUGAAAUGUGCUUCUUCCAUCUCUAUUCCUUGUAAUGUCCAGAAAGGAGUUAUGCCAUAAGGGUCCUGAGAAUGUCUUUCAUAUUUCUGUAGGAUUAAGCAUGUCGGAUUUGUCAGUUUUGGCAUUUGGGUCUAGUGAGUGCAAUGAAGUACCAGAUGUAAUUUGUGCACCUGGGACAAACCUUUUUUAAAACAGCAGUUUUGUGUUCUUUUCUACAUUCUUUGUAAUUGCAUGAAGGUGAGACUUACAGAUUAAACUUUUGACCUUUCAAGUGUCAA